GAUCUAAUCGACAAGUCCAACAUCAAGUCGAGACAGACGCCAUGGGUCGUGUGAUCCGCAACCAGAGGAAGGGUCGUGGAUCCAUUUUCACGGCUCACACCCGUCUCAACAAGGCCCCCGCCCAAUUCCGCACUCUUGACUACGCUGAACGACAUGGAUACGUCCGGGGUGUGGUAAAGGAGAUCAUCCACGACCCUGGUCGUGGUGCUCCUUUGGCCAAGGUUAGCUUCCGUCACCCAUACCGCUUCAAGAAGAUCACCGAGACCUUCAUCGCCAACGAGGGCAUGUACACUGGCCAAUUUAUCUACGCCGGAAAGAACGCUUCCUUGACCGUCGGAAACGUCCUCCCUCUCGGUUCCGUCCCCGAAGGUACCGUUGUCACCAACGUCGAGGAGAAGAUCGGUGACCGUGGUGCUCUUGGUCGUACCUCUGGUAACUACGUUACCGUCAUUGGUCACAACCCCGAAGAGGGCAAGACUCGUGUCAAGCUUCCCAGUGGUGCCAAGAAGGUUGUCAGCUCCAAGGCUCGUGGUAUGAUUGGUAUCGUUGCUGGUGGUGGUCGUACCGACAAGCCCUUGCUCAAGGCCUCUCGUGCCAAGCAUAAGUUUGCUGUUAAGCGUAACUCCUGGCCCAAGACUCGUGGUGUUGCUAUGAAUCCUGUUGACCAUCCUCACGGUGGUGGUAACCAUCAACACAUUGGUAAAGCCUCAACCAUCUCUCGCUACGCCGCACAAGGUCAAAAAGCUGGUCUUAUUGCUGCUCGCAGAACGGGCUUGCUGAGAGGUACUCAGAAGACCAAGGAGUAAACUUGAAGAAGGUAUUCGGGAAUGGGGUGUGUUGGUUCGUUUUUUUAUGGAUUCUGAAAAAAUGGCAACUUUUUUCAUACUACGAAAGCAUUAUGUACUUAGGCGAAUGUGGACAGCCACCUACACGUCUAUGAAAACAAUCAAUUGAUGGCUAACGACAUG